GGGUCAGUGGCGCCCGCGACGAUCAUGGGCUCCCGCACGUCCCCGCAGCCCGAAGCUGCCGAAGUGCUGCCCCAGCACAGGUUCGACCACAGGUCCCUGGAUGCCUACCUGCACCAGCAUUUGCCGGGCUUCGGCGCCGAGCCCGGGGCCGAGCUGAAUGUGGCGCAAUACAGAUUAGGACAGUCCAAUCCCACCUUUCAUCUCCAGAAGGGUUCUCGAGCUUAUGUACUCAGAAAAAAACCACCUGGUUCACUUCUUCCUAAAGCACACAAGAUUGACAGAGAAUUUAAAGUCCAGAAUGCUCUGUUUUCCACUGGAUUUCCUGUCCCCAAGCCUUUACUAUACUGCAGCGAUGUUUCUGUCAUUGGAACAGAAUUUUACGUGAUGGAGCACGUGCAGGGUCGAAUCUUUCGUGAUUUCACGAUUCCUGGAGUUAGCCCCGCAGAACGCUCAGCCAUCUAUGUGGCCAUGAUAGAAACCUUGGCUCAGUUACAUUCCUUGAACGCACAGUCACUGGGGCUGGGAGACUAUGGCAGAGGUGCUGGCUACUGCAAGAGACAGGUAAUAACCUGGACAAAUCAAUACCAAGCCGCGGCUCAUCAUGACAUCCCUGCCAUGAGCCAGCUGUCUCAAUGGCUAAUGGAGAACUUGCCCGGUAACGACAAUGAAGAAAAGCUGAUCCAUGGAGAUUUCAAAUUGGAUAACAUAGUUUUCCACCCUAAAGAGUCUCGAGUUAUUGCUGUAUUGGACUGGGAGCUCUCAACCAUUGGCCAUCCUCUGUCAGACUUAGCUCAUCUUUCCUUAUUCUACUUUUGGCCAAGGACCAUUCCAAUGAUAAAUCAAAGUUCUCAUUUGCAAGAAAACAUCGGACUUCCAUCUAUGGAAGAAUUAACUUCAAUAUAUUGCCGCUGCAGGGGAAUUGCUUUCACUCUUCCUCACUGGAAUUUCUUCCUUGCCCUUUCAUAUUUUAAAAUGGCUGGAAUAGCACAGGGGGUAUACAGAAGAUUUCUUCUGGGAAAUAAUGCAUCUGAGAGUAGUUUUCUUUUUGCCAAUAUUGUGCAGCCUCUGGCAGAGACUGGAUUACAACUUUCAAAAAGAACUUUCAAUAUGACACUACCCCAGGCUGAUUCCCAGAGGUUGUUUGGACAGACCAGGAGAGGCCAGGAAGUUCUUAGCAGGGUAAAGCAUUUUAUACAGCAGCACAUCCUCCCUGCUGAAAAGGAGGUAAUUGAGUUCUAUGCUCAAAAUGAAAACACGGAGGAUAAGUGGAGAAAACCUUUAGUGUUUAAAAGACUCAAGGAAAUGGCCAAAGCAGAGGGCCUCUGGAAUUUGUUCUUGCCCGCAGUCAGUGGUCUCAGCCAGGUGGACUAUGCCCUGAUUGCUGAAGAAACAGGAAAAUGUUUUUUUGCACCAGACGUCUUUAACUGCCAAGCACCAGACACUGGGAACAUGGAGGUGCUCCACCUGUAUGGAAGUGAGAAGCAGAAGCAGCAGUGGCUCGAGCCUCUUCUUCAAGGGCAUAUUGUCUCCGCCUUCUGUAUGACAGAGCCGGGUGUAGCGUCCAGUGACGCCACGAAUAUUGAAUGUAGCAUUGAACGUGAUGGCGACAGCUAUGUUGUCAAUGGCAAGAAGUGGUGGAGCAGUGGAGCUGGGAAUCCAGACUGCAAAAUUGCAAUCGUUUUGGGAAGAACUAAAAGUACCUCAGAAAACAGAUACAAACAGCAUAGUAUGAUUCUUGUUCCUUUCGACACACCUGGAAUAGAAAUAAUAAGGCCUUUGUCAGUCUUUGGCUACCAGGACAACCUACACGGAGGACAUUUUGAGAUCCACUUUAAUCAAGUACGAGUUCCUGCUGCCAACUUAAUACUAGGUGAGGGCAGGGGCUUUGAGAUUGCCCAGGGCCGCCUCGGGCCCGGCAGGAUCCACCACUGCAUGAAGCUAGUCGGUUUGGCAGAAAGGGCCUUGGAGAUCAUGUGCGAACGAUCAACACAACGGGUGGCUUUCAAGAAGAAGCUGUAUGAACAUGAGGUUGUGGCCCACUGGAUUGCUGAGAGCCGCAUUGCCAUCGAGCAGAUACGCUUGCUGACCUUGAAGGCCGCGCACAAAAUUGACACCGUGGGCAGUGCAGGUGCCAGGAAGGAGAUUUCUAUGAUUAAAGUGGCUGCGCCUCGGACUGUCUGCAAAAUCAUCGACCGAGCCAUUCAAGUGUGGGGAGGUGCUGGCGUGAGCCAGGAUUACCCUCUGGCUAACAUGUACGCCAUGGCGCGCACCCUGCGCCUAGCAGACGGACCCGACGAAGUCCACCUCUCGGCGGUGGCAGCCAUGGAGCUGCGCGACCAGGCCAGACGCCUGCGGGCCAAAGUGUAGGGAGGCGCCGCUGCCUGGCCUCUGGACGGACUCCACCAGCCCCGGCCCAGCCCCAGCCCAGCCCAGCCCCAGACCCCGGCCCCCAUUCCC